ACGAAUCAUGCUCUGGAUGCUACGGCAGGAAGUCAUACCAAGGCAUUUCGCAAUCGUACCAGACGGUAACCGGCGCUUCAGCAGGAAAAACGGAUUAAAGCUGAGCCAUGCUUACUCGAUAUUGCUCCAAAAACUCACUCUGAUGUGCCACUGCUUGGCAGCUGUUGGUGUUGCCGAGGUCACUGGCUACCUGCUCAGCACUCGCAACCUCACUCGAGACGCCACCGACAUUGCUGCGGUUUUGGAUGAGGCGGCAAAAUUUUUCGUCAAGACCCUGCACUCACUGGGCAUCCUCCGCCGAAUAAACCUACACGCCCGCUCCGUAGGCAACUUGAAGCUGCUUCCCAAGCCCAUUCAAGAGAGUUUAGCACAGAUUGAGAUCGCCACAGAUGACAGAAGUCGAACGAGGACGCUUAGGCUCUGCAUUGCUUACAGCAGUAAGCAUGACCUGAAGAUAAUGGCGCUCGACUUUGCGAAGGCCGUAGGAAUGGGUGUCAUCAAAUCAGAUGACAUCAACCCGGGUCUCAUCGCGGACUGGCUGGAACUUACUGAGAUUCCCGAGACGGAACUGUGGUUUCGCAGCAGCGGUGAACGGCGUUUCAGCGAAUUCCUUGUGCUGCAGAGCGGAGGUGGCCGAUUCCUCCGCCUGCCUCUGCUCAGCACAUCAGCCGAGCAGCGCAUUCUGCUGCUGGAGACCCUCAACCGCCUGGUGGCAGUAGGCGAGCGCCAGGCACGUGCUCCUGAGAGUGUCGCCGAGUUAAAGAGGGCUGCUCUGCAACAACAGUAUCGGUGCCCUCACUGCUCUCCAGUCGAGCCCCCACAAGACACCUUAUAA